UGGGCACACCCCCACAUCACUGUGUCCGCUCGGACCGAGCUCCCCGCCCUGCUUGACGUCAGUGGGCCGGGGGUGGGGAGGCACUCGGUGCGGCAGCGGCUGCGGAGCGGGACAGGACGAUGGCCGGGAGCCUGGCUCUGUCCGCCGGCCAACAGUGGCCGCCCAGCCACGUCCAGGUCACUGUGCUCCGGGCCAGGGGUCUGCGGGCCAAGGGCAAACAGGGCAGCGAUGCGUUCACCAUCAUCCAGCUGGGGCGGGAGCGGUUCUGCACGGCGGUGGUGGAGAAGAGCCUGGAGCCGGUGUGGCGGGAGGAGUGCAGCUUCGAGCUGCUGCCCGACUGGCUGGAGCCCGCCGCCGCCAAGGAGCUGCUGCUCACCGUGCUGCACCGCUCGCUGAUGGGGCUGGACCGGUUCCUGGGCCAGCUCAGCCUGCCGCUGGCCGCGCUGUACCAGGACAGUAGCAAGAAGCCCAGAUGGUACAAGCUGUCCUCGAAGCCCGGUCAGAAGGAGAAGGAGCGAGGUGAGAUUCAAGUGAGCAUCCAGUUUGUCCGCAACAACCUGACGGCCAGCAUGUUCGACCUGUCCUCGAAGGAGAAGCACCGCUCAGCACUGGACAAACUGAAGGACAAGGUGAAAGGCAAGAAGAAGCACGACAGCCUGACGGCGGAGUCUGCCUCCGCCAUCGUGCCGAGCAGUGUGGGCCAGAUAACCAGCGAUGAGGAGUUCAGUGAGAAGGGGACGCCGGAGAAGAAGUCCAAGAAGAGUUUCUUCUCGAAGCCCAAGCUUCACAGAUCAUCGUUGACCAAGUCCAAUUCCUCGCUGAGCUCCCAGCAGAGUGUGAGGUCCUUGGAGAGUAUCAGCAACAGUACUGGGGUCACCAACCUGCCUUCUCCAAAAGCCACCAGUGCUCCGGGUGCCUUCCAUCCUCCUCCGAAUGAGCCAAUAGCUACCAAUCCAUCCUUGGUCAAGGUGCUAACACACAAGAGAGCUCUCAGCGAUGAGGUUAACCAGGCAUUCAAAAGCAAUAUGGAUCUCCUGGCUCCGAAGACAAGUCCCAUCUCCAGGUCGUUGCUCUGCAUCAACGGCAGUCACAUCUACAAUGAGGAGCAUUCCCCAAAAUCCCCCUCUGGUUUAUUCCCAAAGUCCACCCCUCUGUCCCGUUCCUUCCAGAACGUUGCCAGCAAGGCUGAGGAACCUGGGCAGCGGACUUCAGUCGAGGAGACAGACAAGCAGAAGUGGGCGGCGGGCAACGUGGAGGUCAGGAUGGUCCCUCCAGUCAUCACGGUGAAUAAUGAGGAAAGCACUCAGGUCCUGAGCGCGGAGGGCCAGAGGAAAGAGGUGGUCGGAAGUGUGCAGGGGACCAAACCGGUGCACAUCGCUGCCCCCAUCAUCUCCACCGUCGAGCCCACGAAAAGCAGCGUCCCGCACGAGGCCAAGAAGGCAAGCAUCUUCCCGUUCGGAAGUGACAACAAGGACUCUGAGAGCAGGCGAUCCCGGACACCCUCUCCCGUGCGGAAGUGCAGUUCAUUGGGUGAAAGAACCAAAUCCAGUGGAUGGUUUCUGAAGGAGGCCAAUCACAAACCAAGUUUAACCUUUGGGUCUCAAGGUACACCCGAUGCAUCGAUAUCUUCCCCGAGCACUGCUGGGUCAAGUGGAAAAGAUUGGUUUGCCGUGGAAAAAUCUGCAGCAGAAGAAGUGAUUCCUUGCAGCCCUCCUCCAUCUACACAGGUGUCCACGGUGACCACAGCAAGUGUAAGCUGCUCCCACACACCAGACCCUUCAGCUAUGUCUGGUCCACCAGUAGACCCAGACAUAACCAUGCAGUCAGCUAACUUUCACACCCCUGGACUUAGUGCUGAGGUUGGAGGUCAAGAAAUGCCUUCACAAUGGGUGCCCCCAAGUACUGUGCCAGCCAGUGAUUCAAAUGAUCAAGUGCCUUCUGCUGUGCCAAGGGAAAUGAAAACCAAGUGUCCGGAGGAAGAUGAUCACUCCUCCACAUUGGCCCAAACCGCUGAACUUAAUGUAGAAAUAGAUUCUUCAGGUCCACAAAUCCGUGCCAGGACCAAAAGUAGCAACAGUUCAAUUAACUUGGAUAAUGGGUCCUUGAAUCUGGUUUGGGGCAGUAAACCUGCAGAUCGGGUGGAUUUGAAAAUCUAUUCUGCACUGGAUGCUGUUUCACCAGCUCUGUCCCUGGUAGAAUCUGUUGAGGCGCCUGAGGUAGUGCAAAGUGGCACCUUCAGUGACGAAGGGCUCGAAAUGAAACCCAGCCCUGAUUCCCUCACAUCGCGUCGAGAAGAGAUUCCAGGGGCACAACCAGGCCAGAGAAAUGUGGAGAGAUCUCCAGCACUGGUGGAGCGUGGCAGAAGCACAAGUAGCACAACCGACGAGGCUGAAGGUGAACUGCCACUGGGACCUACAUCACCGGUUACUGAUCCCAGCCUUGUACCCAUAUUCCCAGGGAAACAGGAUAAUGCCCAAGGUGAUGCGUGCCUAGAUCCUCCAGCCAUUUCUCCAGAAUUGCUCCACAAAGUUGGUGUGGAGUCCUGUGAAGAUAGACCAAAUGUCACACUGGAAGGAAGGCGUCAGGAUACAGCCGUGCCCGGUGUAGAGGGGCUCCCCGAGACCAGUGCAGAUGAAGGGGGUGUCACCUCUGACCCGCUUGACACAUUGGACAUCCACUUACAACAGACUGGCCCACCGCCGCCUAAGCCACCGAGGUUGCUUGCAUGUACCUAUCAGGCUGUGGGGGACGAAGUCGGCAGGGUGGAGGAUCGGCAGGAGAUAAAGAUGCCGUUUGGCUGCGCGGCAACCACUCUGCAGUUAUCAGAGCAACAGGUGGACGCAGGAUUCGAACAAAAGGCCUCCCUUGUGGUCUCCAGCCCAGCUGGUGAUGAGGUAAAUCCCGAGCAGACUGCCUCUACCUCCACACCGUCUGCCACUGAGGAACCAGUUAGGCCAUCAAAUGAGGUGGUAACCAAGGGGAAGGCCUCUUGUGGGACCUUUGAGUUGAGCCUAAAUGAGAAAACAGUGGUUGAUCACUACAAGACCUGUCUUUCGACUCUCUCUGCAGAGGGAAUAAACAUGUCAAUUGGCAAUGAUGGAAAUUCAAACAAAUUGGAUGUUUUCCAGCAAACUCCGUCUUCGGGGCUAAUUGAAGUCCACCAGGCACAUCAUUUUGUCGAGGUACAGCCCGCUGUGUUGAAAACAACUGUUGGUGUGAACUCAUUGGAGACGGCCUCACUGGUCGAGCAGCAUCUGGAGAGAUGGGAUGCAUUUCCCGAAGGGGGAACCAGCUUGGCCUGGCCUGAUCAAACUGACCAAUCGGAGCAGGAUUUCGUGUCGGCCAUUGAGGGCCUGCCACACAAGUCUAGCCCCCUGUUUUCCGAGUGUGAGAGGACACUGGCGAGCGGGAAGGAGUUCUCUGGAGAGCUGGAGUCCCAGGUGAAUGAGGACGGAGAGAGGAAUGGGGAGUCUUCCACCCUGAGGGAUUCCAAGGAAACGCUUACCAGGAAUGCAGAGAGGGAAAGCCAGCAAGGCGAGACUGUGGAUCUCACGACUGGGAUCGGGCCUUUGCUGUGUAGUGAGUCAUUAACAGCUGGGAUGAAAAUGGAGCAGCGUGCUGAGGGAGGCGAAGUUGUCUUGGAAUGCUGUGCUGGAGGAGAGGAUUCUGCCUUGGAACAGUGGGCCAGGAGAGAGGAACCUGUCUCAGAGCAUCAUGCUGGGGGAGAGGUACUUGUCUCGGAACAGCGAAGUGGGGGAGAGGAAUCUGCCUUGGAGCAGCGAGGCGGGGAAGAGGAAUUUGUCUCAGAACAACGACCGGCGGGAGAGGAAUCUGCCUCGGCAGAGGACCCUCCUCCCUCUGGUUUAUGCCCACCUUCAACUGUAAAGCCCAGCCAGGGCCAGGUAAUGGGAAAGGUGGACAUCUCACCACACAACGGUCACCUCUUUGUCCGGAACGCAGACCUCCAGGCUUUGGGCAGCAGGAAGCCUGUGGUGGGGGAGGGUUCUUCAGCUGCAUGCCUUGGACGUUCCGCAGCCGACGACUCCUCCUUUGAGGAAGGGCUGAACUUCGAGGACCUCCACCUCCACGCCGCACCACCCGCCCUGCAAGCCACUAACCUCACUAGAGAGCAGAUGGUUCCGCCUGCACAAAGUAACAAGCCAUUGGCCUUCUCUACCCCUCACCCUGUGGCUGUCACUAACUCUAGAGUAACCGACCUCCCCUCCCCAAUCCUGUUCCCCUCGGAUGGCGCCCCCCCCUCGGGGGCCACCCAUACAGCCGUCGCCCCCCCAACAUUCGCUGCAAUCCAGUGGUUCGAAAGCGCCGCCGCUUACGGUUUUACCUCGGGAGACACGGCCAGCUGAGAUACCCUUCCCACAGCAGCGAAUCAGCCCUCAUCCAGUGAAGCCAAUCACUGCCACAGCCCCAGAGGGUACAGAGAAAAAAGCUGGCCGGUCGUGUAUCAGCAACACACUGACCAGUGGUCUUGAGAAACUGAAGAAUGUGACUACUGGAAGUAUCAGCCCA